AUGUUGGGGUUGUUCUUGAUGACCUUCAUUUGGUCAGUGGGAAGAUAUGGUAGAGUUGCAUCAAAAUGGCCCUCAAAUACUUCUAUGCUUCUCAUGUAUAAGACUAGGCUGGUCUUGCACUUUAGGGACGCCAAAAAGAAUGUUGUACAUGCAGCUGCUGCAGCUCUAGAUUUGAUAAAGAAUGAACAAGUGCAAGCCAUCAUCGGGCCAGUGACAUCGAUGGAGACGACCUUUGUUAUUAAUCUUGGAGACCAAGCUUAA